AGACGAUCAACCUCUACUCGUGGCUAUGCAGUAGGAGCAGGCGAAGCGCUGGACCAACUGGCAGGGACUUUGAGGGGCGCAAGGAGGCUGGUGACCAACCGGCUCGCCUCUACCCCGGCCUCGACCUCACGUCGGCCCCGAAGCGCGGCGAGCAGCAG